GGCUGAGGGCAGGUAGGAAGCAAACCCGGACACAUCGCAGCAGCAGCAGCAACAGCAGCAGCAGUAGCCUCCGCAGUCCCUCCAGAGACAUGGAUCCCCAGACAGCACCUUCCCGGGUGCUCCUGCUUCUGCUCUUCUUGCACCUGGCUCUCCCGGGAGGUCGUUCCCACCCGCUGGGCAGCCCCAGUUCGGUCUCGGACUUGGAAACGUCUGGGUUACAGGAGCAGCGCAACCAUUUGCAGGGCAAACUCUCAGAGCUGCAGGUGGAGCAGACAUCCCUGGAGCCCCUCCAGGAGAGCCCCCAUCCCACAGGCGUAUGGAAGGCCCAGGAGGCAGCCACUGAGGGCAUCCGUGGCCACCGCAAAAUGGUCCUCUACACCCUGCGGGCACCGCGAAGCCCGAAGAUGGUGCGAGGGACUGGCUGCUUUGGGAGGAAGAUGGACCGGAUCAGCUCCUCCAGCGGCCUGGGCUGCAAAGGUGAGCAACCCCUGCCACUCCGGCCGCCUGGCCCCAUUCCCGUGUGUGACACUUUUAGAGUCACUUUGGGGUUUGUUGUCUCUGGGAACCACACUCUUUGAGAAAAGGUCACCUGGACAUCACUUCCUCUUGUUAACAGCCUUCAGGGCCAAGGGGUGCCUUUGUGGAAUUAGUAAAUGUGGGCCUCUUUCGUUACCACGCCCGCGAUACUUUCUCCUCACCUGCUACCUCCUAUCAAAGGGGCAGAAUCUCCUUUGGGGUCUGUUUAUCAUUUGGCAGCCCCUCAGUGGUGCAGAAAGAGAACCAAAUAUCUCCUCCUGGUUUCCUCUAAACUGUCUAUAGUCUCAAAGGCAGAGAGCAGGAUCACCAGAGUGAUGACAAUCCCCAAUUUACAGAUGAGAAAACUGAGGCUCAGAGAGUUGCAUGAAGCCUCAGACGUCUGAUGACUAACAGGGUGGCGGGUGGUACACGGUGAGGGAAGCUCAGCCCCUACCUCCAUCUCCCACCCUAACCAUCAUCACCCUCUGUCUUUCCCUGACAGUGCUGGGGCGGCAGUAAGAGGAAGUCCUGGCUGCAGACACCUGCUUCUGAUUCCACAAGGGGCUUUUUCCUCAACCCUGUGGCCAUCUUUGAAGUGAUUCUAUUUUUUUAAAUGUAUUUAUGUAUUUAUUUGAUUGUUUUAUAUAAGACGGUUUCUUACUUUUGAGCACAAAAUAUCCGUGGUGAAAUAAAGUCAACAUUAUAAGCUUUA